CAACCAUCCACCGCUAACAGUUCGACACGUUGCAUAAGCAGAAACCGAAUUCCGGCCCCCAAACUUCUGCGGCCAUUUCCCUCCCCAUUAUAUCUUCUUCUUUCAUAAAAAGCAAAAUUAACGAAUGUGAGCUGAAAUUCAUAAUCUACUGUGCAGCUCUCCUUCUCCUACUGUUGUUUUCCCUCUAAGAGUUUUCACUGAGAUCUUGAUCAACUAUGCUCUCCGCUGUUUAUCUGUUUAGAGUGUUAGCCUGCGUUACAACUGGAUUAGUGGUGUUGGAGCAUUGUUGAACUGAUAUCAUUGAAGAGAGUGUGUGUUACCCCAAAGUAAUAACAUUUUACUUGGCAAAAUGUCCCAUGUUGGACAUGUUUCUGCUGUUAGCUUGAGCCCACAAGGUAAGACAGCUACCCUUUCGAACUUUCAAAUAUCAUUUGGAGCCAGCUAUUCGAUGGGCUCUAAGUUGAGGUUUCCAGCUAGCAGUAAUGGUGGUAUGACCCGAUUAGGCAGGGAGUUUCGCCCUUUGAAGGUAGUCUGCGUGGACUGCCCAAGGCCGGAGCUUGAGAAUGGAGUUAACUAUGUUGAAGCUGCUUACUUGUCCUCAUCAUUUCGUUCUGCUUCACGCCCAAGCAAACCAUUAGAAGUUGUUAUUGCUGGUGCAGGGUUGGCUGGGUUAUGUACUGCAAAAUAUUUAGCAGAUGCUGGUCAUAAACCAAUACUAUUGGAAGCACGAGAUGUGCUGGGUGGUAAGGUAGCUGCAUGGAAAGACGACGAUGGGGACUGGUAUGAGACUGGCUUGCACAUAUUCUUUGGGGCCUACCCAAAUAUGCAGAACCUGUUUGGAGAACUAGGUAUCAAUGACCGUUUGCAGUGGAAGGAACAUUCUAUGAUAUUUGCGAUGCCCAGCAAACCAGGACAGUUCAGCCGGUUUGAUUUCCCUGAAGCUUUACCGGCUCCACUUAAUGGGCUGUGGGCCAUCCUAAAGAACAAUGAAAUGCUUAGCUGGCCAGAGAAAGUGAAGUUUGCUAUUGGUCUAUUGCCAGCAAUGCUUGGAGGACAGUCUUAUGUUGAAGCUCAAGAUGGGAUAUCCGUUAAGGACUGGAUGAGAAAGCAAGGGAUACCAGAAAGGGUCAGUGAUGAAGUGUUCAUUGCCAUGUCAAAGGCUCUGAAUUUCAUUAAUCCUGAUGAGCUGUCCAUGCAGUGCAUAUUGAUUGCUUUAAACAGAUUUCUUCAGGAGAAACAUGGUUCAAAGAUGGCAUUUUUAGAUGGAAAUCCACCAGAAAGACUUUGCUUGCCGAUUGUUGAACAUAUUGAGUCACAAGGUGGACAUGUUCGUCUUAAUUCACGUGUAAAUAAGAUUCAGCUGAAUGAAGAUGGGAGUGUCAACAGUUUUCUUCUAAAUAAUGGAGCUGUUAUUCAUGGAGAUGCUUUUGUGUUUGCUACGCCAGUUGAUGUCCUGAAGCUUCUUUUGCCCGAGGACUGGAAAGAGAUCCCAUAUUUCAAAAAGCUGGCAAAAUUAGUUGGGGUUCCUGUAAUAAAUGUGCAUAUAUGGUUUGAUAGAAAACUGAGGAACACAUAUGAUCAUCUCCUAUUUAGCAGAAGUUCACUUCUCAGUGUGUAUGCUGACAUGUCGGUAACAUGUAAGGAAUACUAUGAUCCCAAUAAGUCUAUGUUGGAAUUGGUGUUUGCACCGGCAGAAGAAUGGAUCUCGCGAAGUGACACCGAAAUUAUAGACGCGACAAUGCAAGAACUAGCAAAGUUGUUUCCUGAUGAGAUUUCAGCUGAUCAGAGCAAAGCAAAAAUAGUGAAGUACCAUAUUGUUAAAACUCCGAGGUCAGUGUACAAGACAGUGCCAGGAUGUGAGCCAUGUCGUCCUUUGCAGAAGUCGCCUAUUGAGGGGUUCUACUUGGCCGGAGACUAUACGAAACAGAAGUAUUUGGCUUCCAUGGAAGGUGCCGUUCUAUCAGGAAAGCUAUGUGCACAAGCAAUUUUAAAGGAUUAUGAAUCACUUCUUGCUCGAAGGCUGGCCGUGGCAACAAGCUCAAACAUCAACUGAAACUGACACUCGAAUCACCAGUUGGGAUGAAUCAAGUGAUAUUGAUGGUUUGUAUACAGAAACCUAUAUGUUGAGUGGAAAGAAAAUGCGACUAGUAAACCUGAUAAAAUGAUAGGAUAGAAACACAUGCCAUGUUUGGCUGUUGUAUAACUUCAUUCUGUAACUUUACUCGUGUAGAUGCACUUAACAUCAAUAUAGCAACUAUUUUGUGAAACAAAGAAGGCCUGGUUUUUGAAUAUUUGCAAAACUCUAAAAAACGAUUUCUCAUAAUCAUCA